UUUAGAAAACGCGCGAAAACAUGUAGACCAAGCGGGACUGACGUCAAGUACGGGCGGAAGCAAACAGUGCUGUGAUAUUAACAUUACUCUCGCCCCUUUCCGUGGUGGUUGACGUAUCCAAACCCUAGCCAAGAUGUUUGAAGCACGCCUCGUCAAGGGAAGUCUGCUCAAGAAUGUGCUGGACGCCAUUAAGGACCUCCUGAAGCAGGCGUCAUGGGACUGUGCGGACUCCGGUAUUCAACUGCAGGCCAUGGACAGUUCUCAUGUGUCCCUCGUGUCUGUGAACCUGAAGGCGGAGGGCUUCGACAAAUACAGAUGUGACAGGAACCUCAUUAUGGGCAUGGAUCUGAGCAGUAUGUCCAAGAUCCUGAAGUGUGCUGCCAAUGAUGACAUCAUCACCAUGAAGGCACAGGACAAUGCAGACACUGUCACCUUUAUGUUUGAGUCGCCCAACCAGGAGAAGGUAUCAGACUAUGAGAUGAAACUGAUGAACCUUGACCAGGAGCACCUUGGCAUUCCGGAAACUCAAUAUGCUUGUGUGGUUAAGAUGCCCUCUGCAGAGUUUGCCCGCAUUUGCAGAGAUCUCAGCAAUUUUGGAGAGAGCAUAUGCAUUGCUUGCACUAAGGAGGGUAUUAAGUUCUAUGCAGCUGGUGAUAUUGGAACUGCUAAUAUUAAGCUGGCACAGACGACAUCUGUUGACAAGGAAGAUGCAGUGAUCAUCGACUUGCAGGAGCCUGUGACCCUAACCUUCAGCUGUCACUACCUCAACAUGUUCAUCAAGGCCACACCACUCUCCCAACAGGUUUCCCUCUCCAUGUCCCCCGAUGUCCCCUUGGUAGUAGAGUACACGAUCCAUGACCUCGGCCACAUCCAGUACUUCCUUGCUCCGAAGAUUGGUGAAAAUGACUCUUGAGCCUUCCAUCCUCUUAACUCAUCGGAUCUGUUCACAUUCAUAGAUUUGUGCAAACGUUCACUCCUACAUUCAUAUGCUUACUUUUUUUUUUUUUUUUUUUUUAUAAUAAUGAUUACUAUUAUAUUUUAUAUAACCAUGCUUUCCACUUAGAUACAGGCAAGCUAAUCCAUUCAAGGUGUAAUAUUUCUACAUCUAUAUGGUGUAUUACAAAUAAAGCUGAUAAUUUUUA